CACACACACCCCUCCAUCGAACUCACACACACACACACCACCCCACCCCCAUAUUUGGACGGCGCAUACAAAGCUAAAAACGAAGUACAGUGCAACGCCAUAAUUCACUAAUACAUCAUAAAUCGUUGAAAGUACCCGCGUUAUAACGACCAAGAGAAAUCUAACAAAUCAAGCGCCCCGUGGUACUUAACAGUAAGACUGCAACUCUCUAAAACAACCUAAAUGAGCUCUUACUUUGUAAACUCGUUCUCGGGGCGCUACCCAAAUGGCCCCGACUAUCAACUGCUAAAUUAUGGAGCCAGCAGCGGCGCAAUGAACGGCGGGACGUACAGGGACUCUUCCUCCGCCACCAUGCACCAUGCGACGGGCUCGUAUGGCUACAGCUACAAUGGCAUGGACCUGACCGUCACCAGCCGGGGAGGGGGGAGCAGCAACGCCGCCGCCAACGGAGGACACUUCGGGGGAGGCUCUGUCGUCGGGGACUCCCGGGGCUAUGGCUCCCCGACCCCGGAGAGGAGUUUCCAACAGCCCUCCAGCUGCUCCCUUGCCUCCGUGGCAGACUCGCUUCUGUCACCCGCCGGUGGAGACACCAAGCUGUGCGCCCAGAGCUCGUCUCCGCGCUCGGAGCAACCAGGAAGCGGUAAUCUCAGCUCCCCAAACCUGCCCUCCAACUCCUCCGGUGGCGGCGGCGGCGGCGGCGGCGGCGGCGGCACGGCGCAGCGCUUCACGGAGCUGGACGACGCGUCGCCAGAGAUCGACGAAUUGCACCACAGCCGGGACACUGGCCACGGCCGGAACCCGUCCUCCCGGACCGGACACCCGCACCCCGUGCAGAAGCAGGAGGGCGGCGCGGCGGGACCAGCCUGCGGCAGCACGACGGGGAGCGAGGCUCAGACGCCACAGAUAUUCCCCUGGAUGAGAAAGCUGCACGUAAACCAUGAUAUGACGGGCCCCGACGGGAAACGGGCGCGGACGGCGUACACCCGCUACCAGACCCUGGAGCUGGAGAAGGAGUUCCACUUCAACCGGUACCUGACGCGGCGGCGGCGCAUCGAGAUCGCGCACACGCUCUGCCUCACGGAGCGGCAGAUCAAGAUCUGGUUCCAGAACCGGAGGAUGAAGUGGAAGAAGGACAACAAACUGAAAAGCAUGAACCUCGCCACCGCCGGCAGCGCCUUCCAACCAUAAAGAAAAAAAUUAACCCAUUAAAAAAAAAAAAAUCCGUCCGUCCAUCUCUUUGGAAAGGUUACAGCCAUGACGCACAGGCUUCCCAACAAACUGUAGCAAGGCAAUGGAGAAAAGAAGAGACGCCAGUGGAGAGUGGAGCUGGAGGAGAAGACGUGAUGAAGAAAUGUGUCACAAACAGAUUCCACAUCGAGAUUUCAAAAACACUUCCUACUAUCAACUGAGUACUGUACAACACAGCGCAGCACUUUUUAUUUGUUCGGCAUGUUGGUCUUUGGUGUUUUAGGGCAACGUUAAAAAAAAAAAACUGUGGUACUUGCUCUUGUAAAAAAAAAGAAGAAGAAGAAGAAGAAACAAAAAGAAACGUAGUGUUCCUGUAUGUCUUUGUCGUUUUUAAAUUAGUUGUCCAGUGGAGAGGAGUCGAGGAUGAAUAUGCUACCUAACAUACGUCCUACCUUACAACCUUACUACCUACCUGUUGUUUAAGGUCUAAAUGUCGUUGUGUGUGUCGAGUGCGGUGUUUUGUAAUUGACAAAGUGCUUUCUAGAAAAGUCAGCAUGUGAGCUCUUAUUCGUAAGUUAUUCACUGCCCAGCAACAGUAAAUGUAUCGGCCGCUCCCUUCCUCGGCGACUUUUCAUCCAGAUCUGAUCCAGUUUUCGCUGAGCAGGGGACAGGGAAGGUGUGAGGGUCAGCUCGGUCUACAUCUCCGUCUCCACACAUAAUGUUGUGUAUUACUCAAAAAAAAUAUGUAACUGUAUAUUAUUACUAUUGUAAUUAUUGGAUUCAUGUUCCAGAAAGGAUGUAUAUAGAUAUUGACAUUUUUAAAUGUACCCAUGCAGUUCACUAUUUGUACUCGCUGUGUGUGUGUGUGUGUGUGUGUGUGUGAGAGAGAGAGAGUGUGUGAGUGUGUGUGCGCAUGUAAGGGAAAUGGCUACCGUCCUGUAAGGCCUGUAAGCUUUCUGCCAAUAAGCUUUUUGUAUUUGUUUGUAACUUGGAGUAAAACAGACAAUAACUAAGAGAAAAAGAAAGAAAGAUAAAAAAAAUAAAGUUCCUCAUUCUCGUCAUGAAAAGUA